AAAUUAAACUACUUCGUUAGAGGCAAAAGUUCCUUGCCUAUUGAAAAAACCGAUCUUUCUCUCUCUUUUUUCUCUAUUUCUGCGUUUUAAAUGAGCUAAGACAUGACCCCGAACAUGAAGAGAAGGUUCAAGAGUAUGCAUUAAAUUCCACAAAGAAAAGCUAUAUCUGGUCAUUCAGAAAAAAAAAAAAAUCACCAGAUGGGUCAACAAACAAUAGACUCUAAAGUUAGUGAAUACGGGCUGCGGAAUCCCGAAAGUAACUCGCCGACUUGUGAUAAGCAACCUCUGGUUGGUACAAAGAAGAUACCAUUAAGAGAUCUGCAGAACGAAAACAGAACCGUGCCGUACUCUACGGGAAGCUCUUCAUUUUCUAAAGAUAGAGGACCUGUUAUUGAUCCUGCUAAGGUUUCUGGAAAUAAGAGACCAGCCCCUGAAUGUCCUGUGAGUCCUUCACGCUGCCAAUCUCCGAGCAGUAGUGCUAUAAACGGGCAUCUUGUUUAUGUGCGUAGAAAACCCGAAGCAGAAUUAGUAAAAAACUGUGCUUUGGACUGUAGCAGCACAAGUAAUUGCCAACAGCCGAGGCCUGCAGGUGGUCAAGUGGAGGAAAUUAACCAACAAAAGCCCCAAAUAAAGGAGCCUAAAGUUUCUUGUUUUCCAGCAUUUGCACCACUUCCGAUGGCGCCCUUGACAAGUUCAUCUGCCAAACCUUCAGUGCCUAUACUUCUCGGAAAAUCUGCUACGAGAUUAGCACCACCCUUGGAAUCCAAUCAACAUACGGCCGUUUCCUCAGCCUCUGCGUUGGAUAGUCCGAAUGGAUUUAAGAAGCUUCACUGGGAAGAGCGGUAUUAUCAUUUGCAGAUGCUAUUGAAAAAGUUGGACCAGUCCGAUCUAGAGGAUUAUACCCAGAUGCUUCGAUCACUUUCUGCAGUUGAACUCAGUAAACAUGCUAUAGAACUCGAGAAAAGAUCGAUUCAGCUCUCACUGGAAGAAGCGAAAGAGUUGCAGCGUGUUGCCGUUUUAAAUGUCCUGGGAAAAACCAUGAAGAUAGCUAAAGCACCCUCGAAUCAACCGUAUCAAUCGUACAAAUAAAAAGCAUCCGCAAGGUAAUGAAUGUUGUAAGUUGUAAUAGAAAAGCCGGUGCGCACUUGUUCUGACCCUCGUUCGUUGUAGUUGUUCUGCAGUUGCUGGCUAAUGCGGUAUUUACUGUAGUUUUAAUCUCGAAAAUUCCGUGUAUUUUCAUAGCGAAAAGGUACGGACAGUACACUUAAAACUGUAUUGUCAUAUGGGUUCUGAAAUGAUCCUUUUUUUUCUUUCUUCUUUAGCUGUUGAAAAUGAUCCUUUAAGUUGCUUGUAUUAAGCCUAGUUUGCACUGUUAAA